AUGUCCAACGUCGUCGUAAGAUGGAAUCAGCGCGCCGUAACCAUAAAAACGACUCCGGGAAAGCCACUUAGCGAGAUCCGCGCCGAAGCCUGCGCCAAAUUCGGGCUGUCGACGCCCUCCGGCUUUAUUCUAAAGCGAGGCGGAGCAAAGCUAGAUCUCUCACUCCCCGUUCGCCUCACCAACUUCGUCCCGGGUACAAAGCUGGAGUUGGUACAAGUUUCUGCGUCGGCCGUUGCGAAGCCCGUCAGCAUCGUUCUAAGAACCGUCGAUCCGGUCGAGCAGCUAUCGGGAACGUUCCCGGCGGCGACAAGUAUCUGGGAAAUCCUAAGGAAGCUCGAGGCGGAUGCGAGGACGGCGGGAAGUAGUAAGGUCAACAUCACGGAGCGGUGUGCACCUUCGGCCGAUGCGGGCUCGGGGAGGCUGCUGUAUCAGAUGCCGGCUGUGAGGGUUGCAAAUAGGGAGUUGGCCAAGUUUGGCGAGCUCAAGCAGACGUUGGAGGAGCUGGGAUGCAGUGGACGGGAGCUGUUGGUGCUCAGGUUUUUACCGACCGAGACGCCGUACGAGGAUGCGUUGAUGGAGAUUGCGGGGGUUACGAAGGAUCUGGGCUCGGCGGAGACCACGGAGAGCCCAAAAGUGCCAGCUACAGAGGGGGCCGGGCCGGCGGUCGAUGCGGCGAACGAUGAGGAUCUGCUUAUGCCGGAGGCUUCUGACACCCCCGAGACUGCGGACACCGCCCUGGACCUGCCAUCUGUCUCUACGGAACCAGUUGAGAGCAAUGAUAUGUCACCCGAACCUUCUGUUGCUCAAGAACCUGCUGGACCGGUGGAGCCGAAGAUCGCAGUGUUCCAGCCGUCAUCGUCGACAACCCCUGCGGCGGCAGCUUUUCAAGUACCCGACGCGGCAUACGAUAUCGGAAUUGCGGAGUUGAAGCGGAUCAAGGAGAACUACCAUAUCGCCUCCCAGCCUCAGAGGCUGCUUUCUGACAAAGAGCUCGCGGAGAAGGAGGUGAUCAAACGGCAAGAGAUGGAGAAGAUCCAGGCUUUGAAGAUCAAAGUCAGAUUCCCUGAUGGCUACAUCUCGCAGCAGGAGCUUGACGGCAAAUGCACAGCCCGAGAUCUUUACAAUCUCAUCCGCACCACUCUACGCCACCCCAACGAGCCCUUUGUCCUCUUGAUUCCCCCCCGCGACAUCAUCAAGGAUGACGCGCGCCGCCUUACGCUAGACCUCAAGGUGCGCUCCGGCGCAUCACUACACCUAGCCUGGAGCAAAGAAGCCAGCGACAAAGCCAAGAACUCUCCGGCGUUAAACGACGAGCUCGUAAAAGCCUCGAAGGAAUUGCCCAAGCCCUCGCCGCCCAAGGAGUCAGACUACGUCGCGACCGAGGAGGAAUCCGAGAAUGCAAAGGGAAAACGGAAGGAAGAAGCUGGCCCUAGAAGUGCCAAAAGCGAUAUUGAAAAGAAAAUCAAGGGUCUGUUGAGGCUGGGGCGGAAGUAG